AUUAUGACGCAAAAAAAGUGCGCCGUGCAGGAAGAGUGAUUUGUGUGCCACUAGUAAGCGGUUAGCAGUUCAGCCGUGUGACGUUCACUCUUUUGCCUUAGCGGUGAAUCGAGAACCAUGUACCGGCCCAAGCCCACGUUGAGGGACCGGCAGCACCUCUACAAGCUGAUCAUCAGCCAGCUGCUAUACGACGGCUACACAAACAUCGCCAACAGCCUCAUCAACGAGGUGAAGCCGCAGAGUGUCGUGUCCCCGUCCGAGCAACUCAUGCAACUCGCCAAGAUGGGGAUGGAGAACGACGACAGCGCGGUGCAGUAUGCCAUCGGCCGCUCGGACACGGUGGCGCCCGGGACGGGGAUUGACUUGGAGUUUGACGCGGAUGUGCAGACCAUGUCGCCCGAGGCCUCGGAGUACGAGACCUGCUAUGUGACCUCGCACAAGGGGCCGUGUCGCGUGGCUACCUACAGCCGCGAUGGACAGCUCAUUGCCACGGGCUCGGCUGACGCCUCCAUCAAAAUCCUCGACACGGAGCGCAUGCUGGCAAAGAGCGCUAUGCCCAUCGAGGUGAUGAUGAACGAGACGGCCCAGCAGAACAUGGAGAACCACCCUGUGAUCCGAACACUCUACGACCACGUGGAUGAGGUCACCUGUCUGGCGUUUCAUCCAACUGAGCAGAUACUCGCCUCAGGAUCUCGGGAUUAUACCCUCAAACUAUUUGACUACUCAAAGCCUUCUGCAAAGCGAGCCUUCAAGCACAUACAGGAGGCAGAAAUGUUGCGCUCCAUCUCCUUCCACCCAUCAGGCGACUUCCUUCUGGUGGGCACACAGCACCCAACCCUCCGCCUGUAUGACGUCAACACUUUUCAGUGCUACGUGUCAUCCAACCCCCGCGAUCAACACACUGACACCAUCUCUGGUGUCAGCUACAACCCCAGCGCAAACAGCUACGUCACUUGCAGCAAGGAUGGUAGCGUGAAGCUGUGGGACGGCGUGUCCAACCGUUGCGUUGCCACGUUCGAGAAGGCCCACGAUGGGGCCGAGGUCUGCUCCGCCGUCUUCUCCAAGAACUCCAAGUACAUCCUGUCCAGCGGCAAAGACUCCGUGGCCAAGCUGUGGGAGAUCUCCACUGGCCGCACGCUGGUAAAGUAUACAGGUGCGGGCCUGAGCGGCCGGCAGAUGCACCGCACACAAGCCGUGUUCAACCACACGGAGGACUACGUUCUGCUGCCCGACGAGCGCACCAUCAGCCUGUGCUGCUGGGACUCGCGUUCUGCCGAACGCAAGAACCUGCUUUCGCUGGGCCACAACAACAUCGUGCGCUGCAUCGUUCAUUCACCCACCAACCCAGGUUUCAUGACCUGCAGCGACGACUUCCGGGCCCGAUUCUGGUACCGGCGCACCACGACCGACUGAGCUCCACACUGGCCGGCCCCACCCCAACAUCACCGCACUCGCAUCUGGUGCCCGUCCGUUCCCUCCCCCCCCGUCUUCUGUUGUCUCUCAGGCUGCUGGAAUUUCCUGCCAGCACAGCCAGAGGAGAAAAUGUGGUUGAGUACCUGCCAGCCCAUUUACUGCUUCUUUUCUCCAGGAGUCUGAUGGUUCUCCCCCAAGCUGGUAGUAGCUAAUAGUCACUGCUGGGUGGUGCUGUUUGGCUGAAUGUCACUUUUUUUUUAUUUUUAUUUUUUAAAUUAUCCCCCACCCCUCUUAUUGUUUGUGGAGGUUGGGGGGAGGAAGCAACCAUUGCCUUUGACUUUAACUUGAAUGGUACAAAAGCUGAUUUCAUCAUUGUCUUUUGUGCAAUUUCCUUUCUUUUGUAAUACCCCCGCAUAAUAAGUUGCAGUUGGGCAGGUUUGAGGUUGUCAGACUUUUUACAGUGCAUUUACUGGUGACUGCAUGAUGUACAUUUUUCAUUAAACCAUUUUCAGGUAUAAA